AUGAAUAUCAAUUUGUCCUUAUUGCUCCUGAACUUUUUUUUUGUAAUGCUAGUAUUUUGCUGCAAGAAUUCAUGUUUUUGCAAAGAAUAUUAAAUCUAACGCUUUAGAUCAAAAAUUAGAGGCCAAUACAAAAAUGUUAUAUAAGAAUAACGAGGAGCAUUAAUUUCAAAUAGAAAUUAAAUAAGUUUUGCAGGUACUUAGCUUAAUCGAAGUCCAUUGAGGACUGAAAUAUAUUUUGUGAAUGGAGGAAGAGGAUAUACAGUUUAAUAUAUAGGUAGGUAUAUGAUAGUUGAUUUACUCUAAAAUUAUGAAAUAAAUACUAUUAAAAUGUGGAUGUAUGAUAGAGAUUCAUAUUUGAGAACUUAUGAUUUAAAAGUUUAUAUUUAAGGCUCUGGAGGAGAUAAACUAUUAAUUUAUGAAAAUACUGUAGCAACUUCAAUCAUAAAAAUAAAAUUUUAGAAUUAUUUUGUCAAGUAAAUACUAGUUUAUAAUAAUAAUGGAAGUUCAUUAAAUGCUUAUUUACAUUUAUUCAAUUGUUAAGCUUAUUUUUAAUAAUGA